CGGGCUGGAGGACCGGCCCCGCGUUGCCGGCACUGCGCAAGCUCCGCCCCAGGCCUGGAGCCGCCGGCACCAGCCAAUGGUGUCCCGGCCCGUUUCCGGUUGCCAGGCAACAGAGCGCGCGGCUGCGGGGAGCGCCCCCCCGUUCUAGACCUCGCCCCCCCGCCCCGGCUGCGCUUCCGGGGAGGCCCAGGCCGGUAGCGGAAGUCCAUCUGUCUGGGCGGGGUGGCGGGGGCGGGCGGUGCGCUCUGUUGCUCCACGGCUGCGGAGGGGAGCGGGCGGUGGGCGCCGGACGCCGGACAGCCGCGAGCGCCGCCCGGCCAGUUGGGCGUGAGACCGCAGGUCUCAGCGAAUCUCCGUCGCCUCGGCUGCCACCUGACGCAAACAUCCUGCCCGGGCCCCUCUGCAGAGGCGUCGCCAGGGAGCGCGCUGACCGGGCAGGGGGCCGAGAUGUCCAACCCCUUCCUGAAGCAAGUUUUCAACAAGGACAAGACCUUCCGCCCCAAGCGCAAGUUCGAGCCGGGCACCCAGCGGUUCGAGCUGCACAAGAAGGCCCAGGCGUCGCUGAACGCGGGGCUGGACCUGAAGCUGGCCGUACAGCUGCCCCCUGGCGAGGAGCUCAGUGACUGGGUGGCCGUGCACGUGGUGGACUUCUUCAACCGCGUCAACCUCAUCUACGGCACCAUUGGUGACGGCUGCACGGAGCAGUCCUGCCCGGUCAUGUCGGGCGGCCCCAAGUACGAGUAUCGCUGGCAGGACGAGCACCAGUUCCGCAAGCCCACAGCGCUGUCGGCCCCCCGCUACAUGGACCUGCUCAUGGACUGGAUCGAGGUGCAGAUCAACAACGAGGAGCUCUUCCCCACCCACGUCGGCACGCCGUUCCCCAAGAACUUCCUGCAGGUGGUGAAGAAGAUCCUGUCACGGCUGUUCCGCGUGUUCGUGCACGUCUACAUCCACCACUUCGACCGCAUCGCGCAGAUGGGCUCCGAGGCUCACGUCAACACCUGCUACAAGCACUUCUACUACUUCGUCAAGGAGUUCGGCCUCAUCGACACCAAGGAGCUGGAGCCGCUGAAAGAAAUGACCGCACGGAUGUGCCACUGAGAGCCCCUCGGGCCCGCAGUCACCGAGGCCGUGCCCAGGGGACACCCACGCUCAAGGGCCACGGCUCCAGAACACGGACCCGUGCUUUAUAGAAAGCCCAGCCAGCGGGCGAGCUUGGUGCUGUGGAGGCUGCACUGAACGCCGGGGUGGAGUCCUCUCCGAUCCCAGUGGGCAGCCGCCGUGGGUCUGCAUGCGGCCAUCCUGAACCCGUCUCCUUGAGAGGCGGCGAACUUGAACUCCGUGGUUCUGCGUGUUGAGCACCUGGGCCCAUGCACUUUGUGAACCACUAGCAUUUGCUCUGUGGUUCGGCCCAGACCAGCCGCCGCGUGCAGCCAGCGCCCGGGGGCCCCGUGUCCGCUUCACGACUCGCACGACGGGGACCCCACGCCCGCUCCCCAGCUUUCCCGGGCCCCUUCGUGGAUCGUGAGAGAUUGGAGUUUUCUCCGUGUGAGCCCUCCUCCCCUUUAGAAAACUGUCGCCUCUCCCUUAUGAAUAUCACAGGAUGACUCUCCCGUGGAACCCCCCUCCCGGGCUGGAACCUUUUGAGUUUUGCCAAAUGAUUAGCUGGAGUUAGCCUUUCUGCAGAUGCCUGCCCAACUUUACGUGGAAGCCCUGUGUUUGCGUGGCCCUGUGUGGCUAUGAGACCCAAAUCCCAGCACUGUCUCCCGUGGACCUUGGGAGGGUGGCCAGGGCCCUGUCUGGGCCACGCUGAAGUGACCCCCGGAGCCCCAUUCUGCCUGUGCCUGCACCCCGCCCGCGCGCAGCGUCCUCGGUGGCCUUCUCCGUGGCACCCUUCCAGUGUGGACCGCACCGACUCGGAGUACCUCUGGGUGUUGGGUGCUCGCAGGAGUGAGGAGCACCAUCACCCACGCCAAUAAGUGCAAUUAACACGACCUUGGCCUCGGUCCUUCUGGAAACCCCCAGGGUCCAGCUCGAGGAGGCCCCUUCCGAUCGAAUGUAGCUCCCUUUAAGUGCAAAACCUCAGCCAAGCACCGUGACCACUGUGUCCCCCAGGGCUGUGGGCUGUCCCCACAGCGCAGCCAGGUCAGGGAAGGUGGCAGGGACUCCUCUCCACCCUCCCUGCCCACAGCUCUUCCCGCACGAGCAUCAGAAUACACUGUGCCAUCUUUGUACCCGCAUCUGCCGCUUGUCAUUUCCACUUCCCUGGCCUCAGGGUCUGGUGUUGGGCCAUGUCCCUGCCCUUGUCCCCGGGGUGCCCUUGUCCCCAGCAGCUGAGGGCUCGUGGCUCGCCAAAGUGCCCCCAAAUGGCUAAACAGAUGCACAGAAUCGGUGAGGUUAGGAUUCCAUGGGCUACAGCCUGGGUGGGGAGGUCAGAACUGAGAAACUGAGGCAGGCGCACGCUCCCUCUCCCAUUUCUGUUCUGUCUGAGCGUUUUUCCCGGCCCUUAAACACGAUUUUAACUCUUGCCUUUCUGCUGUGUGAGAGAGGGAGCCAGAAAACGACCCUUGUGCGGAGUAGAUUAGGAGAGCGAAACCAGAGAGGGGUUUCCUGCCAACUAGCUCUGGCUGGGGGCACCUGAUUCGUGCACCCUGAGAGCCCUUUCUUCUGUGUGGGAAGUGGGAUUGGAUUGCGUCCUCCCAGGGGUCCAGGCUGGGGUCUCUGGCAAAAUGGGAGCAGGUGGGGCCAGGGCCUGGGGCCAGGGCUGGCUGCUUGCCCCUAGAGGGCGCACCGUCUCCACGCGAGGGGAGCCGCCUCUCAGCAAUUACGUUAUUUGGAAAGACCUCAAGAAGCCAUUGUUUCCUUACCCGCUGAUUUUGCAAAUGCACCACAACAGUUUCCAGAACCCGCUAAGAAUUUGGGAGCUGUUAUUAUUUGUAAUGUCCCCCAAGGAUGUCCCCAUCCUGCCCCCCCCCCGAACCUGGGACGUGUCCUCUCACGCGGCAGAAGGGACCUUGUCACGGCCCCCGAGGUGGGGGUGACCCUGGGUUCCUGGGGGGCCCGGCGUCUUCAUGAGACCCUCACAAGAGGGAGGCAGAGGGUGGGAGUCCCAAAGAUGGGCAGACCCCGCGCUGCUCGCGGUGAGGAUGGAGGGGGCGCCGCAGGCCAGGAAGAGGCCGGAGCGGGGGGCCCUGGGGGGACCAGCCCUGCCCACUCUGGGGUUUUAGGACUUCUGAGCCCAGAACUGAGAAUCAGUCCAUGUGGUGUUAAGCCCUAAGUUGGCGGUGACCUGUCGCAGCGGCCGUGGGAGGCUCAGACCCCUGUUAGAAGGAAACGUUUUGCCCACAGAAGGCCUGGCACCCCUUACCCUGGGCUACUGGGAAUGCCGGAGUCAGAGGCCAGCCCCCAAGGGACUCCUCCCUCCAUGCCCAGAGUCACUCAUCCUCCCAGGGCGGGUCACCCCAGAACUUGUCCAGCCGGGAGAGGUGAUGGACAGGCGCCGGACUGGGAGGGGGUGGGAGAGGGCGGCAGCCGUGUUGCUGGGACCCGGCCAGCACACGAGGGACUGUCCUUCCAGUGGACAUGACACAGCAGGCAGCCUCCGUGUCUGGGAAAGCGCUCUUAUGCAGCUCGGCAGCUGCUUGCUGAGCCCUCUGAGAUCGGGAGCCCCCGCUACUGGAAAUUUCCUCCCGGGGGCGGCAUUAUCCCUAGACCCACGCUGGCCAGCGUAGCAGCCACGAGCCCCCGAGGACAGUGAGAACCGCUCAGCUUCUCAGUCACAAGAGCCCUGCUCAGCUGCGUCCCCAGACGCUCCUGGUCGGAAGCAAAGUCAAGGCGGGGACGGUUCAAAUCCUCCCCGGUUCAUAACAACCGACGGCUAAGUCUGGGAACAUGGUACUGGUCCCCGUCUUGACCACGGAGGGGAGAGGCAGCGUGGGGCCACACGUGGGGGCGGGCCGGGCUGAUGCAGGGCAGGGCCCUGCAGGAGGCCGGGCCCAGCAUGGGACACAUCGCUCCUGGCUGUUGGCAGCACUUACUGGUGACAGUUCUCUAGUCAAAUCUUUACAAAUACCGCUGGUUAUGGAUGUAGGUAGAAUGCCAGGGUUGGUGCCCAUGUCAGAGGGCAUCAUGUGGUGGGACAUUUCGAGGCACUGAGCCGUACCCUGCAGAAAGGGGGCACCAAUUUACGCUCCCAGCAACACGUCUCAUGGAUUCCAUUCCCUCACAUCCCCCCUCCCAACGCUGGAUGGUAGGCCGUGUGUCAUUUACCAGUUUGAUAGGAAAACAUCCUCAAUGCACUUGACCAUUUAUAUUGCCAGUUUAUAGCCUUUGUCCAUUUUUCCAUUGGGAAGAGGUCUUUUCUUAUUGGUUUAUAAAAACUCUUUACAUAUUGGACUUACAGACCUUUUAAAAUACUCGUUUAUUCAAGCUCUUCUAUUAUAAUUUGUCAUAUGUUA